CGCCGCCGCCGUCGCUCCGGUCACCGCCCGCCCCGCCCCGCCCCGCCCCGCCCGCUGCAACGCGCCGGUCCAGGACUCGGCCAAGGUCACAGCUGGCAGCAGGGAAGGUCCCGAGCUGGCGCCCAGAGGAGCAGCCGAUGCAGCCGGAGCCAUGUCACCCUGCACCUUCGCCCUCCUCCUCCUCCUCCUGCCGGACGCAGCACCCGAUGUGCUGACCUUCCCCGAGCCCGGCCAUGGCCUCCGGCGGCAGAAGAGGGACUGGGUCAUCCCCCCCAUCAACUGCCCCGAGAACGAGCGGGGGCCCUUCCCCAAGAAGCUGGUGCAGAUCAAAUCCAACAAGGACAAGGAGACCAAGGUUUUCUACGGCAUCACGGGGCAGGGGGCGGACACCCCCCCCGUGGGUGUCUUCAUCAUUGAGCGGGAGACGGGGUGGCUGGAGGUGACGAAGCCGCUGGACCGGGAGAAGAUCGACAAAUACGUUCUCUUCUCCCACGCGGUGGCGGCCAACGGGCAGCCCGUGGAGGACCCCAUGGAGAUCAUCAUCACCGUGACGGACCAGAACGACAACCGGCCCGUCUUCACCAAGGCAGUUUUCCACGGCACCGUAGCAGAGGGGGCUGAGCCAGGCACCCCCGUGCUGCAAGUGCUGGCCACGGACGCGGACGACACGGUGAGCUCCAGCAACGGAGUCGUGGUCUACUCCAUCCUGCACCAGACGCCGGACCAGCCCCAGCCCCACAUGUUUGCCAUCAGUGGCAGCACCGGGGUGAUCUCCGUGGCCGCGGCGGGGCUGGUGGCACAGGCGGUCCCCGAAUACACCCUGAAGAUCCAGGCGGCCGACAUGGAAGGCUACGGGCUGCAGGCCACCGCCACCGUCCUCAUCAAAGUGCAGGCCGAAGGCAUGUCCGAGACGGUGAACGGCUCCCUGACCACCCACGUCCUGAACACGGUCACGGGGCUGCCGGCAGCCGGCCUCGUCAUCCGCCUGGCCCAGCUGCAGGAACCGGGGCUGCAGUGGACGGAGCUGGUGCAGAGGUGGACAGACGAGGAUGGGCGCUGCCUGCCCCUCCUGGCUCGGGGGCAAGCGAAAGCCGGCACCUACAAGCUGCACUUUGAGACGGCGGCGUACUGGCAGGGCCAGGGGCACGCCAGCUUCUACCCCUUCGUGGAGGUUGUCUUCACCAUCACUGACCCGGCCCAGAAGCUGCACAUCCCGCUGCUGAUCAGCCCCUACUCCUACACCACGUACCGGGGCAGUUAGGGGAAAGGCAUGUCCUCCCCCCACGGACGCAACUACGCCACCGACACCAUUAAAGGCUUCAAACAGCA